AUGGAGGGAACUUCAUCUUCAUCAACGAACUUUCCCUCCACUGCUGAAGAUCCUCAUUCGGUGGUCGACGAUUUCUACUUCUCAGCACUUCACGAUGCUGAAGAAAUGUUUCCGAUUUCGGAUGAGAAAUAUGCGGAAGAGUUACAGCUACAAGAAGCGCUCUAUUCCUCCACAACGUUAAGUGCUAGGGUUGAAAAACAAGUUGUUAUAGUGGAUGUAGAUUUAGAUGAUGAUGACGAUGACGAUGACCUUCCUUUGAGAACCCUCAAGGGGAAACAGAAGGAGAUCGGUGAAUGUUCUUCUUCUUCCCAUGGCUACUGUGGUAUUUGCAUGGAUGCAAAACCUGGAGAAGAAAUGUUCAGGAACCAAAACUGUUCUCACAUUUUUUGCGAAGAUUGCAUUGGAAGACAUGUUGCUGCGAAGAUUCAGGAAAAUAUAUCAAUGGUGAAAUGUCCCGAACCAAAAUGCAAAGCUGUUAUAGAGCCUGAGUUCUGUCGUUCGAUUAUCCCUGAAGAAGUGUUUGAUAGAUGGGAAAAUGCUCUCUGCGAGAAUGUGGUGCUUGAAUCGCAGAAGUUUUAUUGUCCUUUCAAGGAUUGUUCUGCUAUGAUGAUAUGUGAUGAUGAAGAAGAAGUGGUAACUAUUUCUGAGUGUCCACAUUGUAAUAGAUUGUUCUGUGCACGGUGCAAGGUUUCAUGGCAUGCGGGAUUAGAUUGUAGAGAGUUUAACGCAUUGAAUGAUGAUGAGAGAGGGAGGGAAGAUCUGCAGGUGCUGGAUCUUGCGAAGAACAAGAGUUGGAGGAGAUGUCCAAAAUGCAGAUUCUAUGUGGAAAAAAAUGAAGGAUGUUCGCAUAUUUCUUGCAGAUGUGGGAAGGAAUUUUGUUAUGCAUGUGGAUCCUCUUGGUCACAGAACCAUGCAUGUUAA